ACGCAGUGAAAUAAACGUAAUGUAAAAAAAAAAUUGCAUAGUCCAUGGGUUUGUACUAUCGUAUAUUUAAAAUGAAACCACCUUUUUGAAUUUGAGCAAAUGUACCCCCCCCCCCCAUAAUGGGCUAAUUGGUAGUUCAGGUACAUGCAUAUACUCAGUAGUUUAUUCUUCUUCAUUAUUCAACUUUAAAAGUGCCAUCAUUUUCAACUACAGGCAGUCAGGAAAUAAUGUGCAUAUAGGUACAGGUGUAGUUCAGAAUGAGCAGUGUCUUACAUGUAGACAUUUUUCUGAAAGAAGCAUAUACAUGUAACAAAUCAGAGAGGCAGAUUGAUGAAAUGAAAGUUUGAACAGAUAAUAAUAAUAGAGGGAAAGGGGGCAUCUUUUUUUGUAGGUAAUAGUUAGAACUAUCAAUAAGUAAUCAGUCACUUUAAUAUGCGUGUACAAUACAGUACUUAUUAACUUUGUCACUACAUACUUGUAGGCUACUGUUUAGAAGGGGACUUUCAAUUCAGUUUUCGUUUUUCAAACUUAAAUAAUGACAGAAUGAUAGACUUUCAGGUAUUCUUUUCCUUUGUUUUUUUUACCAGGCUUUUGAGAGGCACCGAGUGGCAUAUGCUGAACUACAAGGAGAUAUAUCCACCAAUCUCGAGGGUGGAUCGUACCACUGGCGUGAUGGGGGUGAGAAGCAUGUCAACGACCCGGUCAGCAUUGCCAAUUUGCAGGAUGCAGCACGGAAUAAGAAUCAGAAUGCUUACACCAAGUUUGUAGAGUCACAGAAAGAAUCGGUUCGCAUGUGUACCUUGAGAGGUCAGUUGGAGAUGGUACCAAGCGAUGAACCUCUGGACCUAUCACUGGUUGAGGAAGCUGCUUCUAUCGUCAAGAGGUUCAACACAGGGGCCAUGAGCUUUGGCAGUCUUUCCAUAGAGGCACAUAGCACACUGGCGAAGGCCAUGAACAGCAUUGGUGCUAAGAGUAACACAGGAGAAGGGGGAGAGACGGAAGACCGUUACCUGCACACUGAUGACCCCAUGAACAACACCAGGUCGGCCAUCAAGCAGGUUGCCUCGGGGAGGUUUGGUGUGACCAGCUCCUACCUGGCUCAUUCUGAUGACUUGCAGAUUAAGAUGGCCCAAGGCGCCAAGCCUGGGGAAGGAGGGGAACUCCCAGGGUAUAAGGUCACUGAGGACAUUGCCUCCACUCGUUACUCCAUCCCUGGGGUGGGGCUCGUGUCCCCUCCCCCUCACCACGAUAUCUACUCCAUCGAGGACCUUGCCGAGCUCAUCUACAACCUCAAGUGCUCUAACCCGGAGGCUAGGAUCAGUGUCAAGCUGGUGUCGGAGGUUGGCGUAGGGGUCGUCGCUGCUGGGGUAGCCAAGGGCAAAGCUGAACACAUCACCAUCUCUGGUCACGAUGGAGGAACGGGAGCUAGCACAUGGACAGGAAUCAAACAUGCUGGGUUACCAUGGGAACUCGGAAUAGCAGAGACUCAUCAGACGUUGGUUCUCAACAACCUGAGGUCAAGGGUCGUCUUGCAGACCGACGGCCAGCUGAGGACAGGUCAUGAUGUGGUGGUAGCAGCUCUCCUUGGGGCGGAUGAAUUUGCUUUCUCCACCACACCUCUUAUUGUGAUGGGAUGCACCAUGAUGAGAAAAUGCCAUCUUAACACCUGUCCUGUUGGUGUGGCUACUCAGGAUCCUGAGUUGAGGAAGAAGUUUGAUGGUCACCCAGAGCAUGUGGUAAACUUUUUCUUCAUGCUUGCCGAGGAGAUCCGUUCACACAUGGCAAAGAUGGGAUUCAGAACCUUCCAGGAGAUGAUUGGCCGAUGUGACAUGCUUCGACCCGUCCAGGAGAAGACCAAUGGGAAGAGCAAGCUGCUCAACUUUGACCAGAUCUUGACCAAGGCCUCUGACCUUCGACCCGAUGCUAAUCCCAUCGGAGGUACCACCAAACAGGAAUUUUCCCUGGAUAAGAGAUUGGACAAUCUUUUGAUAGAAAGGGCAGGAGAUGUUCUUAACGGAGCCAGUAAACACGUUGAGAUAAAUAUGGACAUCACCAAUGAGUGCAGGGCAUUUGGAACGACCCUUAGCUUCCACAUCUCAAGGAAGUAUCGAGAGAGUGGCCUUCCUAACAAGUCUAUUGAGAUCAAGUUGAAAGGAUCAGCUGGUCAGAGCUUCUGUGCUUUCCUGGCUAAGGGUGUCCAUGUAGAACUAGAAGGUGACAGCAAUGACUAUGUAGGAAAGGGUCUAUCUGGUGGGACUGUGAUUGUCUACCCACCCCGUGACGUCCCAGAAGGCUUUGCGUCAGAACUGAACAUCAUCGUUGGCAAUGUGUGCUUGUAUGGUGCUACAAGUGGCAAGGCAUUCUUCAGGGGUUGGACGGCCGAACGCUUCUGUGUCAGGAACUCUGGAGCUCUCGCCAUAUGUGAGGGUGUAGGAGACCAUGCCUGUGAGUACAUGACGGGAGGUAGGGCCAUCAUCCUAGGAGCUACUGGAAGGAACUUUGCUGCUGGAAUGUCCGGUGGUAUCGCCUAUGUAUAUAAUGUUUGGAAUGAUUUCUAUCCAAAGUGCAAUACAGAGUCGGUUGUUCUCGAGCCUCUCGUCAAAGACAUUGACAUUACCUUCCUCAAAGAGAGUCUAGCUGAGUUUGUCUCAUACACAGGGUCAAAGGUCGCAACCAUGAUACUCGACAACUGGGGAAAGGAAAGCAAACGAUUUGUAAAGGUCUUCCCCAAUGAAUACCGUAGAGCUCUCAGAGAGAAGAAAGCCAAGGCACUUGCAGAGGAGAAAACCAGGAAGGAGGCGGAGCUUCUGCAGAAUGGCCUAGCUAAUGACACCAAUGGCCACGCCCUCAAUGGUGAACUGACCAAUGGUGUGAAUGGAUCGGGAGAUGGAAGGCAUGUGAAGGUGGAGCCCAAGGUGAUAGAUAUCGAGUCAACGAUCCCAGACGUUGACCAGGAGAAGAAGACCAUUGAGAGAGUCUUAGACAAGACCAGAGGCUUUGUCAAGUAUGGAAGAAACAAUGACCAGUACCGUAGCGUGGAGGUUCGUAUGAAGGACUGGGGUGAGAUCUACAACCACCGAGGAGUCAAGAAACAACUCAAAGUACAAGCAGCAAGGUGCAUGGACUGCGGGACACCGUUCUGUCAGGCGCACACUGGAUGUCCGCUAGGUAACAUCAUCCCCUCCUGGAAUGACCUCGUCUUUAAGGAUCAAUGGAAGGACGCCCUUGAGAGGCUUCUCGUCACCAAUAACUUCCCAGAGUUCACAGGUAGAUGCUGUCCUGCUCCCUGCGAGGGAGCCUGUGUGCUAGGCAUCAACGCCCCUCCAGUCACCAUCAAGAACAUAGAGUGUGCCAUCAUUGACCACGCCUUCGAGCAGGGAUGGAUCCGCCCCGAGCCCCCUCUCCAUCGAACGGGCAAGAAAGUAGCGGUCAUUGGUAGUGGACCAUCCGGUCUGGCCGGAGCCGCCCAGCUCAACAAGGCCGGUCAUCAAGUGACCUUGUAUGAGAGGAAUGACCGAUGCGGUGGCCUGCUGAUGUAUGGAAUCCCAACGAUGAAGAUGGACAAGAGUGCUGUUGAACGAAGAAUAAAGCUCAUGGAAGAUGAAGGAGUGACGUUCGUGACCAAUGCCGAGAUAGGAAAGAAUGUCAACGGCUGGGAUCUGAUGAAGGAGAACGAUGCCGUCUUACUUUGCAUGGGAUCAACCAGGCCUAGAGAUCUGCCAAUACCAGGUCGUGACCUCAGUGGAAUCAAGUACGCUAUGCAGUUCCUUGAACCCUGGCAGAAAAGACAGAUGGGUAACCAGUCUGAUUACAUCGACGCAAAGGGCAAGGAUAUUGUUAUCAUUGGAGGAGGCGAUACUGGUGUGGAUUGUAUCGGUACUUCACUCAGGAUGGAUGCCAAUUCAAUCACCACCUUUGAGAUCUUGACGGAGCCCCCUCCAAGCCGAGCUUCUAACAACCCUUGGCCAACGUGGCCUCGUAUCCUCAGAGUAGAUUACGGUCAUUCAGAGGUCAAGCUAAAACACGGGCAGGACCCAAGACAAUUUGAGAUACUCAGUGAGGAGUUCCUUGAUGACGGCCAAGGCAAUGUGUCAGGAAUUCGCACCAUCCAGAUCAAAUGGACCAAGGACGCAACCGGACGCUUCAGCAUGGAGAAGAUUCCUGGCACCGAGAAGAUCUUCAAGGCAGACCUGGUCCUGCUUGCCAUGGGCUUCCUUGGACCGGAACAGAGCCUGAUCGAGGAGCUAGGAGUGGACCAAGAUCCGAGAUCCAACAUCCAGACCCCGAACGGGAAGUACCACACCAGUCUCGACAAGGUCUAUGCUGCUGGAGAUUGUCGUCGGGGCCAGUCCCUGGUCGUGCAUGCCAUCAACGAAGGUCGCCAGGCAGCUAGGCAGAUAGACCUGGACCUGAUGGGAUCUACCAGCCUAGCUGGACCCGGAGGGGUGGUCUACACGCCCGGAACCAAGCUGUCCAACUGCAAGGAUAAGCUGUACCAGCCAAUCAUCGAGGCCAUGGCAUAAUCAACCACCAAAGCAACUAGCAGAUACCUCACACAGAGAGGUUUUAUGCAUCUCUGUCAAAUCGUACGCACAAGAUAAAUCUUUCGUGGAAACUGAACAACCAAGUUUUGACUACUAUCAAGCCAGUGCCCAGUGUUCCUAUCAAGCCAGGGCCAAGUAAUUAAGCGCUAAUAUGAAAGAGCAAUUCUGAUUUCUAGUCAGUCUGCUGAGCAUAAUGCGCAUGCAACGGUAUUCUUGAUAAGUCAUUUCGUUCAGUGAUUACUCGCUAACCUUUGUGUCAUGGGGUCCUGGGGAGCAUUUCAGGAAAGGACUUGCUGGAUGUGUUAUCCAACAAAAUGUGUUGUAUCCGACAGUUAACAUAGAAAUUGUGCUUCUCGCCCAAUCAAAAUCAAGGAAACUUAUCAGGUCUGACAACUUGCGUUGAUGAAACGCUCUCCGUGAUUGUGUUACGUGGUGGGAUAUUUCAUCCCCUCCUCUCAAGAUGAUGUUUAGUGGCUGGGGGAGAGAGGAAAUGAGGGAGAUAUUGUACGAAGCCAUUCUAGGAUUUUGCUUCAUACACUAUGAUGUGACACGAUGAGGCGUCAAUUUCAGUCUUGUCAUUCGAAGCUGCCAGUCGCUGACCAGAAUUCCUACUUGAACACUGAAGUAUUGAUUGAUGGGUCCCACUUGCCAGUGGGAACAGUGGAGUGACAGACUGACUGAGGUUGAGUCCAGAAACCUCACUGAGCAGCUAGCUGUCACUGCUUCAUGAUUUUGCUCAUCAUCUAAGUUUCACAACGAUUUAAGUAUGAUUUAAAUCGCACUUAAAUGCCGACGCGUAUCUGAAAUGCAACGCACAAUCUAAUUGAUCAAUACGCAAUAGUGCGCGUCCUCUUUGCAUGAUCUGACCAAUGUGGUCAUGGCUUUUAUACCGCGCACAACUAGGCAUUUAGGUGCGACUCUAAGUCAUACUUAAAUCUUUGUGAAACACACCCCUGUUCAUAUUAGAAGGAAGAGGACGAUGACCUCCAAGUGCUUAAAGCUAUGCUAAGUCAAAUUAUGUAUAUGCAUCUGUACUAGAGUGUGUGCUCAUGUGAAGCAAUGAUGGAAUAUCUCUGUCUUGGAAUGUAAGGUACAACUUACAAGUGGGGUUAACUCAGGGGGCUUUCCCCUACUCUCGUUGUUUUUAUUAUGAAGGAUUAUAUCUUUAAAGGGAAAAAAUAUGGUUAUUACCAUUAAAGCCAAAUGUGGGUUACUGGUAGACUUAGGUAAGGUACAUGUACAUAGGCUUUCCAGCUCAUGUACAAAAAAAACAAGAUGUAUUUCAUGGAAUCAAAAAUACUCAUAAAAAUACAUUAAUCGUAGUCUAUAUGAUUGAAAAGAAGAGUUUGAAUUGUUUGAGCUGAUAUGUGGGGCAACCAAAUGCCUUGAAAUAUGUGUACUUACUUGGUGUGUAAGAAGUUU